AUGGGCAUCACUCACAUCGUUGGUUUUAAAUACAAGGAUUUCGUUUCGGCCCCGCUGCGCAAGGAGAUAGCCCACAGGUUGCUCGCUAUGAGCGAUACAUCUGGCGUUAUUCAGUCGGUCAAAGGCGGGCGCAUUGUGGACUUAGAAUUACUGGCCAAGGGCUUCCACCACGCUUUUGUACUCAAGUUCAAUCGCUGGGAAGACCUACAGUUCUACCAACAGUUUGAUCAAUCUCACAAUGAUUUCAAAGCCCUCGUCGAAGAUCUUACAGUCGACGUGCAAGUCUGGGACUUUGAGGACUUUGAAUUCUAA